UCUUAAGUAAUGAAACGGCGCUUCUUCUCCGUGGUCAUUUCACGUGACUUGUUGGGACGUCAACUGACUCACUGCGUCUCGCCACAUCAGCUUCCGCUCAGUUUCUCCGAUCUCUUCAUACACCUCGCAAAUACACCUUCACACCAACAUCAUGCCUCCCGGUGAAAGGGCCAUCAAGGCCUUAUCGAACGUUUUGCGGCGUGUUACUGAAACAGGCCGUCAGGCGAUUCGUGAGGCUCUCGAAGAAGGCUGGCCACCCGGCAACAAUGGCGGUGGCGGCGGCGGUCUAUUUGGCCGCAGACGUGAACUCGUUCCAGUGAGAGUGCCCGUGCCAGUCAACAACAGACCUCGUUUUCCUCAGGCGCCUUCAGGGUCUUCUUCUCGCUGGUAUUCGACAUCUUCGCGACAUUGGUUUUCUUCCGACUCCUUCACGCGACAGGCUCUCAAUCAGCAGGCGCGGGGCUACACCAACUCUAGCAGAGCAUACGCUUCUCCAGCUCGUUUCAAUUCUGUUUCUGCUCGACUAUCCAACAUCAAGCACAGCACUACGUUUGCACACCCAAUCUAUCGUCCGAGAAUUGGCGGUACUUUGCACAGAUCUCCAAUGGGAUACUCGCUUCCCGGCUUUCGAGCCCGCGGCUCAGCGAGAUACUUCUCGUACAACGUUCGUCCUAUGGCCGACGUCAUUUCCAAUCUCUCAGCCGGCUUCUGCGCUAGCGGUAUUGGAGCUUCCAAGCUUGCCGGUUCAAUUGAGAAGAUGGGGCCAUCAUAUGUUCAUCAGAAGAAGCUCAAUGUUUUUGUCACCGAGAACAACACCGUUCGUGUCACCUUCGCUGACGCGCCCCGGAAGUUUGAAGACUCCUCGGUAUACUUCGGAUCCGCUCAGAACGCUGACGGCGAGAAGACUGUUUCGGGUGCUACCCGUCAAGUUGCUUGCAUCUCUUUCGAUGUGACUCCGACGUACGAAUCUGGCACCGUGGGUACCUUGACCCAGGAGUCUGCGUACGUCAUUUUUCCCAAAUGGCAGCAGGAUUAUCAAGACAACAUGUCAGCUAUAGUUCGAGAUAUCCAGAAGCUCUCGCAACUUGGCGAGCUGAGCUUCCGCGUGCAGCAUUGCGACAACGGACAACAGUUUCUCAGAGUCUAUCUCGGCGAUAGAUCGCGGGAUGAAGUCGAGCUGAUUUGCCAGGAGCUCCAUCUUUCGCGAGCUAUUAUCGUGGACGUUGACAUUACUGAAGUCGAUGCUGUCAUGCUUGCCACUGCUGGUACAGCUCUUUCCGAUUCCACAGUCCCUGUAGUUUCAGCUCCCGUUCAAGAUACAAAUUCGGACUACGCGGACAAUAACUCACUUUUGUCCUCUCCGUUCUCGUCACAGUAUUUGUCGAAUCCUGGCGCUGUAAGCGUCGCAUCUGAUGCAACGUAUCUGCAACUCAUGCCUAGCUUCUACGGUAGCGAAGGCAGCGACUACUCUGACGUUCCUUCAGAUUCAUUUGCGCCUUGGGCCGACAACGGACGGGUUUUACCUCCGGUUUAGACGCCCGCACCUUUUUAUCUCAAUCAUCAGCUCACUACCCCUGCUUCAGAGGUGUGUAUGGAUGAAAUUUGGCGCUUAUAUUGGAGUUUAUUGGGCAGAAAUUUUAUUAUAUUUUGGAUUUCAUUCGUUCUUGGUUUUCAUCUUUUGUGACUUUCCGUUCUGGUAUUGAUUGUGGUACUUCCGUGUGACUUUUGCAUGUUUCUAGUUUCUAUUACACUAUACAUGAACAGUGGAUCCUGCAUGGAGUCGUCUAGUGAGAAUUGC